CUCGACAGUUCAGUUCACUCUUCGAAGCAGAUUUUCGAAUUCGACUGGCUUGCUGUGUUUGUGUAACGUUAUACCUAUCGGGACGUUCGCUGUUGCUGAUUUUUAUGGUCCUGGUUUUUCGUUAUCUGCGAUGGAGACCACGUUAGAACAACAGCGUAGGCUGCAUGAAGAAAAAGAGCGUUUAUAUGAUGCUAUGACAAAGGAAAGCAUGCAUAAGAAAUCAGCGGUUCGUGAACAAAUCAACUCAGACCACAGAAUGAGGCAUCUGCUAGAUCGUGUUAUGGACAAUUCAGUUAGAUUACAGGAGCUGUAUGAAGACAAGGACGGUUUAAGAAAAGCUGAAAUACAAGCAAUUGCGGGUCCAAAUGAAUUUGGUGAGUUUUAUAAACGGUUACGCGAAAUCAAAGAUUUUCACAAAAAACAUCCAAAUGAAGUGUUUGUUCCCAUGUCUAUGGAAUUUGAAGAGUUGAAUCAAGCAAGAGAAAAUGCAAGCGAUGAAGCAACAAUACUUGUUGAAUUUACUGAUGAAGAGUCUUAUGGUCGCUUUUUAGAUUUACAUGAAUCACACUUGCGUUAUAUCAACAUAAAAGGCAUUGAAAAACUAACUUAUGUUAGAUAUUUAGAUGCAUUCGAUCGCUUGUUUGAAAUUCCACGAGAUAGGAAAAAUACUCAAUAUCAUGACUACAUUGAUGGUUUAUUGCAGUAUCUUGUAUCCUUUGUUGAACGCAUUAAACCUUUACUCGACUUGAAUGUCGAGCAUGAUGAAGUUUUGAAAAAGUUUGAAUUGCAAUGGGAAACAAAUGAAUUUCCUGGCUGGGGUAAAGAGGCCGGAAGUGCGAUGGCUCAUUCUGGAGCUCAUCUUGACCUAAGUGCUUUCACAUCAGCAGAAGAACUUGCAUCAUUAGGUCUUGAUAGGUUGAAGUCUGCGCUUAUGGCAUUGAGUCUGAAGUGUGGUGGAACUUUAGAGCAAAGAGCUGAAAGAUUGUUCAGCACGAAAGGCAAAACCAUGGAUGAAAUUGAAACAUCAUUGUAUUCUAAAAGUAAACUUAAAGCUGGAAAGAAGGAUUUAACAUCUCAACGCAAUAAAGAAACUGCCAUGGUAGAGGCACAAAUAUAUCACCUAGUUGAGCUUGUUAGUGAACAAAGGGCUGCCACAAGGGAUAAUGUACAACGUCGACAAGCACGUACUGAUACAGAGCGUGAUGAAGAUGAGGAUGAUGUUAUGUCUGAUAGUGAUUCAGGAGAUGAUGAGGAUGAAGUGAUUUAUAAUCCCAAGAAUCUUCCUCUUGGCUGGGAUGGCAAACCGAUCCCUUACUGGCUUUAUAAACUCCAUGGUCUUAAUAUCAACUACAGCUGUGAGAUUUGCGGAAAUCAAACUUACAGAGGACCAAAGGCAUUUCAACGACAUUUUGCUGAAUGGCGUCAUGCACAUGGGAUGCGUUGCCUUGGUAUUCCUAACACUGCCCAUUUUGCCAAUGUUACAAAAAUUGAAGAUGCGAUGGCGUUGUGGUCAAAAAUUAAAGAAAUGAAAAAUGCAGAGAGAUGGAAUCCAGACCAAGAAGAGGAAUAUGAAGACUCUGCUGGAAAUGUUGUCUCAAAAAAGACAUACGAGGACCUGAAAAGACAAGGCUUAUUAUGAGCAUUUGAGUUGUUUAUCAACUUUAGGAAAUGUGGAAAAGCUCGUGGACUUAAACUCAAUCAACCUGUGUUCUUACAGGAGUAGCAUUAAGAAAUAAACUUGAACAUUCUUGAAUCAUCAGAAAUAUUUUUUAUAUAUUUGCAUUCGAUAGAACUCUCUGGAUUGGUAUAAAUACACUGGUAUUGUCAGGUACUUUGACUGAAUUGAUAUCACUUUACAUGUCAAUAUUCUUGAUGAAUUCCACUUAUCAUUGCGAACUCAACAAUGUACACAUGGAGAGAUUUAAAAAAUAUUUUUUGCUCACCAUGAAAUGAAAGGCUGUUACCAUGUUCUUUCUGAAUAUCAGCAAAUUGAUAUUGGGUAAUUUAAUGAGCAUUGAAUUGGUGAUAGCCAAAAUAUAAUAUUGUUAAGAAAGGA